AUGGAAGAGGAGGAGUCAGAGGAAGAAGAGGAUGAGCUCCCCAUGUACCAAGAGCAUUAUGAUGCUCUCUUCUCCAUGGACUUUGUGGAGACCAAGUAUCCACAUGAUGACACAAUGAGGGCUCUUGGGAUCUUUGAUGAUGUGGAGCUGGUCCCCAAAAACAUGUGCUUGGCCAAGUUUUUCUCUUACCGCUUGGAGUCAUACAAGGAGCUCACUUGUGAGUUCUUGGCAUCAAUGAGGUUCCACAAGUACAGGCAGCUCGAUCGAGCUGAGUUGGAUCAAGGUUGGGGAUGGAUCACGUUCUUGGCAAGAGGAGAAAGGAAGGCAGUAACCUUCAGACAGUUGGAGAUCCUUUUCGGUUUCACUUAUGGGAGGGAACCCAUUGGGAUAUCAAGGAGGAUGAGCUACAAAGGGGUUUGGGCUACAAUCGCUGAUGGAGUAUACUCUUCCUCACGGUCUAAGGUAGCUCAAAUCAGGAGCCCAGUGUUGAGAUAUGUGCACAAGGCUCUCGCCAACACCUUCUAUGCAAGAAAGGCGACUGGGACAAUAAAUGAGGGAGAAGUGAAGCUCCUUGACAUGGGAAUCAAGCCCAUCAUCUCACGCACCAAGGAUGGGAAGAAGAUCAGGGGAGAUAGAAUCCAUGCGGGGAACCUCAUGCCUCUCAUUGCCCAGCUACUCUCCUACAAGACAACCGCCUAUAGCACUCGGUUUCAAACGGGAAGGAAGCUUAGUGUUGGAGGAGUCAUCACGCCUAUCCUCUGUGCAGCUGGAGUCCAUUUGGAAAAGAGAAGGUCUACUCCAGCAGGGUGGAUGGAUAUUAAGUUUUGCAAGACCAAUCUCUUCAUUGAACACAAGGAGUUGGAUGGGAGGUUCCAAUUCAAAUUCACUCACCCUUUGGCUGGCCCCUCCAAGCUUCUUCUACCCAACCCUGAGCUCACCACGGUUCUAGGAGCUUUCGUCUGGAGGUGGUUUCAUGUCAUUCGGACCAGCGGUUCAGAAGAUACGACGAUAUUGGUUGGACUCGACCCACCAGCUCGACCGGCCAGUUUCCAACUCGAUCGAGCUGCUUUUCCAGGAGUCAAAGCGAUUCUCCACAUGGAAGUGAUGGAAAUCGUUGGAAAAGGUCCACUAAGAGCUCCAAUAACUCUUGCUCUCGAAAUGGAGUUCAUAGGGGUUGGAUGGAUUAGUUUGAGCAAUGAUCCUAUGGCCUCCAAGGCUUGA